AUGGAUGACCCAUCACACCCAGAGGAACAACGGAGUCAGAGUCAAGCUCAGACUCCUAUCGAACCGCAUCAGUCGACAUCACCAAUACCCAGGGAGUACUCUACAGACCCAGCGAUGUACCAGUAUCAGGCCUCUUCAACCAGCCUACAGUCGGAACAGAGUCAGGAAGCAAAGAAGAGUCUGUGGGGGAAAGCGAAGGAAGCGCUCUCAACAUCUGGGAUGAAGAAGGCUGGAGGCUCCAAAACUUCCUUGAGAACGACGGAGGGCCGGAAGAAGGGCUUGACCCCAAUACAAGAGAUGACUGGGCCAGGGACGAGGUUGGUGGGACAGGAAUCGAUGACCCUGGAAAUAGGAAUGGAAGAUGUGGCAGUAGGGCACCCUCCACAGCUCCCACCAGGUCAGCUCCCCACGAGCCCUCUGGACCAAGAGUGGCUACAACUGGUGAGGGAGUGGAGAGAGGAGUACCGAUUGCCUGGCAUCCAAGAACUGGGUGGAUAUUCACCCUGCGACAAGGUGUCGCUGAAGAAGAGCCCGUUGCAGGACCCUCAGGGACCCAGGACCCGAGAUGCAUUCUGGAGAGAAAUUGAGUUCUACAACCCCAACACUGCUGGAGCAGCUACCUCCCCUGGCACAAUCACCAAUCUCCCGGAGUUCGAACCAUCCGUCCCUCCUAGGGCAUUCCAGGUCGUCGAGUCCAACUUCGACACUCGAGAUGCCAGGUUCCCCGCAGCGAGAGCGGCCAGACUGGAGCAAGCUAGAGCAUGGGAGGCACACAUCUCCGAGGCUGAAGAGUGA